AUGGAUCCCUCGUUACUCCGCGAGAGGGAGGCCUUCAAGAAGAAGGCGUUCGCCACUCCGGUCGUCGAGAACCGGAAGGCGUCCUCCAAGUCAUCGUCCGCCACCACAUCGACCGCCAACGCGUCCACCGCUUCCUCCAAGUCUUCAAAGCGACCGAAGAAGGAGUCGACACCGCAGACCACACGUGACUUGUAUGCGUUCGGUCGCCAGUCGGGCGCCUCCUCUCACAACUUCGCCGUUUUGGCCAAAAUCGUCAAUUGGAUGAAACAGCGAUACCUGGACGGCGACGCCGAAGCCCUCACCUUCGAUGACCUCUUGGACGAGACGAACCAAUUGGAUCUGACGCCCAAACAGAAGAACUGGCUGCUGAUCGAAGCGCUUCCAAACAACCCGAAGAUUGUCAUCACCGACGACCAGAAGUACGCUUUCAAACCGCUGUACCCGUUGAGGGACAAGAAGUCGUUGCUCCGACUGCUGGAUAAGUGCGACCAGAGAGGUAUGGGUGGUGUGGCUCUCGAGGACGUCCAGGAGUCGCUCCCGAACGCCGAUCGGCACGUGAAGAGUCUCGCCGACCAGAAGAAGAUCAUUAUCAUCACCCGACCCAUGGAUAAGAAGAAGGUGUUGUUCUAUAACGACAGCUCCCAAGACAUGAAAGUGGACGACGAGUUCCAGAAGCUGUGGCGUUCGGUGGCCGUGGAGGGCAUCGACGAGAUGAAGAUCGAGGAGUAUUUAGCCAAUCAGGGCAUCACAUCCAUGCAGGACGUGGGCCUCAAGAAGACAGCGCACGUCCAGAAGCGCAAGAAGGCGGCCACCAAACGGAAGGCCAACUUCAAGAAACUCAAUGAUCACAUGCAGGACAUACUCGAGGACUACACCGACAAAUGA